AUGAGCACCAACCCCAAUGACUAUGCAACUCACAAUUACCCAGAUUUUGUUCAUAUGGCAACAGAUGACUUUGAGGGUGCAGCUAAAACAUUUGGACUUGGCCCAACAUUUAUGGACAAAUUUAAUGGCAACCAGUUCAGCAACCUACAGGCAUCAAAUCUGUACUACCCCUUCAACUCCCACAAUGAAUGGGAGCUGGCAUCAUGGUUACUUUGUUCAGGCCUGAGCAUGAGAGCUAUAGACUCUUUCUUGUCAUUGUCAAUCAUAAGCCUGUCCCUAUUCUCUCUGAAGAUCAUUAUUGAUGUGCACCAGAUACAGCUACUAAAUAUUUCCUUUCAUACAGCCAGAGCACUUCAUGGGCUGGCUGAGUUACUCCCUGGUGGGCUGUGCUGGCACUCAAUGGAGAUUACUCCUUCACGGCCAACCAAACACCCUGUGCACUUGUACUGGUGUGAUCCCCUGGAAUGCAUUGUGUGGCUCCUCAAGCACCCUUUGUUCUCUGACCAGCUUGAUUUCAUUCCGAGGCAUGUAUACAAUAUGCCCAAGAAGCUUUGUAGGGUGUAUACAGAGUGGAUGACUGCUGAUGAUGCUUGGUGUAUGCAGUCACAGCUUCUGAGUGGAGUGACUCUUCUUGGCAUGAUACUUUCUUCAGACAAGACAAAUAUUACUACUUUAUGUGGUGGCAGAGUUGCUCAUCCACUUCUCAUCAGCCUAGCAAAUAUCAAGAUGCCCACACACCUAAAAUUGUCAUCCAACUCAUUUAUGCUUGCUGCUCUCCUCCCCAUCCCCAAGUUUGUGCACAAGAACAAGUGUAUGUGUGGCCUCCUCAAAGAUAGGCUCAUUCAUGAAUACCUGGAUAUCAUACUUGAACCUGUCAAGCAAGCUGCCAAACUCAGCAUUAUGUUACCAGAUCCUCUGGGGCACAUGUGGUACUUGGUGAAAUCAAAGGUCCACCCUACAAACAUCCAAGUCUUCUUUCACGAAGCACAGUGCUUUCACCUCAGCAGAGUUAGUGACCCAUUUUGGAGGGACAUUCUGCUUUCUUGUCCAAGCACUUUUAUAACUCAAGAGCCCCUUCACCACCUGCACAAGGAAUUUUGGGACCACAACAUGAAGUGGUGCAUAAAUGCGGUUGGUGAAGCUGAAAUCAACUUUUGCUUCUCAGUUUUACAGCCUACUGCAGGGUUCCAUCACUUUAAAGGUGGUGUUGCUAAGCUGAAGCAGGUGACUGGAUGUGUGCACCAUGAUGUCCAACAUUACAUCAUCAGUGUUAUUGCUGGACCAGCCCCUCCCAAAAUUAUUACUGCUAUUUUCCAAGCUUACUGCAUUGAUGAUGACAAUCUUUGUAUAAUAUCUUCUGUACUGGAUGAGUUUCACAUGCACAAGCAGUCAAUACUCAAUCACAGUGCACAAUGUGGUAAGGGAAACAAGCCCAUCGACAAUUGGCACAUCCCCAAGUUAGAACUCAUGCAGAGCAUCAUACCAAGUGUGAAGCAUGUUGGGGUCACCAUCCAAUGGACUGCCGAUGUAACUGAACACACCCAUGUAUCAGAGAUCAAGACACCCACAUCAGCUAGCAGUAACAAUAACUACGAUCCUCAAAUUUGCCAGUACCUUGAUUGCACUGAAAAAUGUAGGACAUUUGAACUCACAACAUCAUUAUAUGAAUCGAAGACUCACUCCCAUGGUCAUGCAGAAGAAAAGUCCUUGGAGGUUGAGGAUGGGAGUUCUGAUGAUGGCAACAGUGAGAUCAGUGAUUGCAAGGAGGCAGAUCUAGUUUCCAAGACACCAGGUCCCAUGUGGCCCAUCACCAAUUACUUUGCCAUCUCUGCGUGCCUCAGGACCCAAGAUCCAGACUCCAUUCCCUUCCCCUUGCAUAGUUUUAUCACAGAUGGUAUGGUGAUCAACCUUUCCUAUGACCCACCCUUGCAACACAUUAGUGUUGAUGGUGCUGCCAAGAAGUUUGGACUACUUGACCUCCAAGCUGCCCUUGUCAAUUUUCUAAAUUGUGAGAAGGUGUAUGGACCAAGCUCUGUGCACACUAUAAGUGGGCAAUGUCGGGGAUCAAGCUCUUCAACCCUGCCUUUUACUGAUCUGCAGGUUUGGUACAAGAUGUGGCUGCAGAACAUGGUGAUACAUGAUAUCACAGACAUCCUCCCUGCCCAGACUCUCUUCUGUUCUCCACCUUGCAAGACCUGGACCCUUGGCCGCUAUGAUGCAGCUAUUAUCAAUGUGGACCCCCAUUUCAAAUGGCCAGAGAGCAGCCUGAAAGGAUCAUGGUCCACACUACUUUUCCAUGUCACUCACAAGAGUAUCUUAGGUCAUGUUGUUGGCCAGCUCCAUCUCCUGAUGCACCCUUUUGGCAAGAGAGGGGUAAGAUGGUUGUGGACAGACCAUUUUUUGGUCUACAUACAAUGUUUUGACAUAGCAGCUGAAGAUGCAACACACCUACAUAUCCUUAGGUGUGCAAAGAGAGUGAAUGGCCAACAUCUUGGUGAUGUCAUCCCAUUCAGUCAGGUCCGGGUGUUCACACAUCUCAUACCUCACUUCAGGCAAACUGCAGAUAAUUGA